GCCAUGCAUACGUCACUGUCUCACGUGAUCAUCGUGUCUGUUCUCGUGACGUCAUUGUGCCUGGCUGUUCCCGCCAAGAAAAAAUCCAGUGAGGUUAAUAAGAUGUCUCCACAAACCGAGGAGGAGACGAGAGCCACGUGGUUGGAGACGAGAAAUCUCGAGAACAACUUCAAAGAAUUGGUCUAUCUGUCAAUCCAAGAGCUGAUCGGUGAGAAUCGAGUAAACCCUGAAGUUCUUCAAGACGCUGAAGUUGGAGAUGGAGGUGCCAGAGUUGAGAAGAGAGGCAGACACCAGGGAUUCUGCUUCAAGAAAACAAAAAGUGGAAGGUUUCUGCCCUACAUCUGCUGGAAAGGA